GAGGGAGAGAGAGAGAGAGAGAGAGAGAGAGAGAGGGAGGGAGGAAGAGAGCGACUGAGGAAGUGCGAAACAAAAAGAGAGAAACGGAGUGUAUGCUGAAGUGAAAGUGAAGCACUUCAUUGUCUGUUGAGUGUUUUAUAUGCUGCAUUGAGAAUAACAGAACAACAGAAGAGACCAACAGAAAUCAGUUAGACUUCUGAAUUAAAUCAACAGAACAGUUUCCAGAGAUUUCCAGUAUUUCUUUAGACUGGCUUUGAGAAGAACCCAAAAGCAAAUGGACGUAAACGAUCCCAAGGACAAAUUCAAAGCUGUGUGGUUGAUUCUCUUUAUGCUUGGAUUAGGGACUUUACUGCCAUGGAAUUUCUUCAUGACUGCCACUAUGUACUUCAACCACCGUCUAGCCGACCCCACGACAGCCAACGUGACCGAAGGAGAGAGUCGAAAUGCUCUGCAAGCCAGAUUCAACAACACAAUGACGUUGUGUGCCAUGAUCCCUCUGUUGAUCUUCACCUGCCUCACCUCCAUCAUACACCAAAGAAUUCCUCAGAAGAUAAGGAUUCUGGGUAGCCUGGUGGCCAUCUUGGUGGUGUUUUGUGUGACUGCCAUCUUGGUUAAAUUGGCUAUUAAUCCAGUGGCUUUCUUUGUGAUUACCAUGAUAAAAAUAGUUAUUAUUAAUGCGUUUGGAGCUGUUCUCCAGGGCAGUCUUUUUGGCAUGGCUGGUGUGUUGCCUGAUGGCUACACAACACCCAUUAUGAGCGGUCAGGGUCUGGCUGGAACCUUUGCUGCACUUGCUAUGAUCUGCGCCAUUGCAAGUGGAUCUGAUUUAAUGGACUGCGCUUUUGGCUACUUCAUCACAGCCUGUGUUGUUAUCAGCCUUGCCAUUGUGUCCUACAUAAUCCUUCCAAAUCUGGAUUUUUACCGACAUUACCAGGAGAAAAAACAGAAGAAUCCAGCAUUACAAGAGGAGAAAACAAUUCAUCUGAUAAAAAAUGAAGACAGCGGUGGAGGGAUGAGCACGGGUGAGGAGGUUCAGAGAAAUCCAUCAAUUCUGAGCAUUUUUAAGAAGAUCUGGGUGAUGGCUCUGUCUGUGUGCUUUGCCUUCACUGUCACCAUCUGUGCUUUUCCCGCCGUGGCCAUAGAUGUCAAAUCCACCAUUGCUAAUGGAGGGCUUUGGGAGAAAUAUUUCAUUCCUGUGUCUGGUUUCCUGCUCUUUAACCUUUGUGACUGGUUGGGACGGAGCCUGACUGCUGUGUGUUCAUGGCCAGGGAAGGACAGCAAACUGUUGCCAGCGCUUCUGUUAGCGCGUCUGAUGUUUGUGCCUCUCUUCAUGCUGUGUAACGUCCAGCCUCGCUCCGCCAUGCCCGUCUACUUUUCCCAUGACGCCUGGUUCACCGUCUUCAUCAUGCUCUUCGCGCUCUCCAGUGGCUACUUAGCCAGCCUUUGCAUGUGCUUUUACUCCACGUUAGUGGACACACACGAGGCAGAGACAGCCGGCGCCAUCAUGACCUUCUUCAUGACUCUCGGUCUCGCCUUGGGCGCAUCCUUCUCCUUCCUGUUCCGUGGGGUCAUUUGAGGUCAAUGUUCCAUCUCACCGGAUGUUUAAAAGACCUCGAGUCAUUUAGUGAAGAAUUUUUCUUUUUGUUUAAUAGAACUUUCAGAUGGGGUUUCCUCCGGGUACUCCGGUUUCCUCCCCUGGUCCAAAGACAUGCAUGAUAGGUUGAUUGGCAUCUCUGGAAAAUUGUCCGUAUUGUGUGAGUGAAUGAGAGUGUGUGUGUGCGCCCUGCGAUGGGUUGGCACUCCGUCCAGGGUGUAUCCUGCUUUGAUGCCCGAUGACGCCUGAGAUAGGCACAGGCUCCCCGUGACCCGAGGUAGUUCAGAUAAGCGGUAGAAGAUGAGUGAGAGAGAACUUUCAGAUCAGUUUAAAGCCGAUCCAGGAUGAAGCACGUGAACCCGAACGUCUUGAACCCCUGUGACGCCGUCCCACAUGAUGGGAUGAAUGUUUGUAAAAUAAUAGUAUUACAAUAGUAUUAGUAUUAGUAUUAUAGUAUUACAUUCUUUUUACUAAACACUACCUCUUUUUUUUUAAACAAUGAUAUACUGUAUAUUAACAUAUUAACAGUUUAUAUCAUACAUAAUUUGCUAAAUGUAAACAUUUACAUAAUAUAGCCUGAACGUAUUGUUAUUUAUUAACUUACUACAAUUGAAUGAUAACAGCUUGAAAUAUUUAACUGAAUUUUAGGACGUGUUCAUAUUCGAUGCAUCCUUUUUUUUUUUUUUGGAGACACAGCACAGACUCUGCCCUGCGAUGGGUUGGCACUCCGUCCAGGGUGUAUCCUGCCUUGAUGCCCAAUGACGCCUGAGAUAGGCACAGGCUCCACGUGACCCGAGGUAGUUCGGAUAAGCGGUAGAAAAUGAGUGAGUGAGUGAGAGAGCACAGACUCUGAUCGGUUUUAGAUCAAAUCGGUCGUACAGUAUUGUAGUCAAAACAAACGCAGGCUUCAAUACAAGACAUCCGACCUGGAGUAUAUUAAACUGGCUUCAGUUUAAAUAGGGAGGAAUCUUGAAUAUAAUGGAUUCAAGAUAUUGAACAUUUUCUUUCUUUAGCAGAUCAGGUGGUCACGGGUUCGAGCCUCAGGACCGCCGAGAUGCAGCAUGACGGAACAAAAACAUUGUUUUAUUUUUUUUUCCUCCAUUUGUUCAUAAAUUCAUCUUCGGACCAUUAUUCUUUAGUUAGCACAUCUGACUUCGAGGAUGACACUGACGCCCCUCCCCCUCCCCCUCCCCCUCCCCGCUCCAUUUGUGUUGCUAUAAAAAGCAGGACUUUUUUUUUUCCCUAAAUAAAACAUUUUAACAUC